AUGUCCACCAUCGCCAGCCCCCGAGACCCCUCCACGCCCCUCCGUCGCGUGCCCUCGAACAUCGUCACCCCGACGUCCUCGACGCGGCCCUCCCUCGAAGCCGCGCGCUCCUCCGUCACCUCGCCCGUCCACAGCAAUGGCCCGACGACCGGCCCCCUCCCCGUCGCCAAGCGUGCAAACCGCGCCGCUCUCCGCGAGUACUACAACCUCCGCGCCGCCGCCGCCGCUGCUCCUCCGCGCAUCGGCGUCGAGCUGCCCGACUCUGAAGUGCCCGUCAGCGACAUGGAUAUUCCGGGCUUCAAAACAGACGAGUACGUCGCCAAGGUCGUCGCCGAGAAUAGCCUCGAGGACCUGCUGCGGCUGUACACGCGCGUCGUCGGCGAGGUGCGCGCGCUCGACGCCGAGAAGAAGGCGCUCGUCUACGACAACUACAGCAAGCUGAUUGCCGCGACGGAAACGAUUCGCAAGAUGCGAUCCAACAUGGACCCUCUCAACCCCAUGGCCUCGACCCUCAACCCGGCCAUUGCCCAAAUAUACAGCCAAGCCGCCGAGAUUCGCGAGGCCCUGCGCGCAUCCAUCCCCGCGCCCGACUCGGACGAAGGGCAGAAGCGCGUCGCCGCGCAGCGCCGCAAGCGCACCCGCGACCUCGCCGUGCAGGUCCUCGCCACGCCGCCGCGCCUGCGCUUGCUCGUCAGCGAGGGCAAGCUCGCCGAGGCGAAGGAGCAGUGGGAGCGCCCGCGCAAGCUCCUCCAGGCCUGGCAGGAUCAAGGGAUGGGCGGCGACGAGGUCCAGGCGUGCGUGGAAGAAGGCGACGCGGCGGUGGCAGAGCCCUCACGAGGUCCGAGCAGUGACGGACGGGUGUCGGCGAGGGUAUCCAAGGAUGGACGGAACUCGACAUCAUGA